UGACCUUUGUUGGAAGGGGGAGGUGGCUCAAGGCGAAACAAACGCGCCCGCUAGGUUCUUUCUUCGGCCGCUUUUGGUUUGCUUUUUGGCUUUUGGUUGGUUGGUUGGUUGGUUGGUUUUGGCAAGUUGGCCAUGUGGACGACGAAGCUGUCAAACUGCAAAGUUUGGUUGCAAAGCUUUGGGAAAGCAGGGAAUCAAAAGUGCAAAGCUUGGGGCAAGAGGCGAAUCGCGUUUUCCAAAGGCUGGAAUCAGCAAGUGGAGCCCAUGGAUCAAAAAUGCUCCUCACAACACCCAAGGGAGCUUUUUGCCAGGAAAGAAAUUGGCGUCUUUUGUCAAGAACAGCCUAGGAUUAGAAAUCUAUACCUGGAAGAUGCUUUUCUUCAGGAUUACUUGAAAUCACAGCUACCCACUGAGGGACGCGGGUGGCACUGUGGUCUAAACCACAGAGCCUAGGGCUUGCCGAUCCGAAGGUCAGCAGUUCGAAUCCCCGUGACGGGGUGAGCUCCUGUUGCUCGGUCCCAGCUCCUGCCAACCUAGCAGUUUGAAAGGACGUCAAAGUGCAAGUAGAUAAAUAGGUGUUUGCUGACGUAAGUUUGGACCUUGAACAGUUUGGGACUCGUGUGAAGGAUGAAAUUGAUCUCCUGGGACGCGAGUGUGAGUUAAACCCUCCACAACUUAAGCAGUUCGAUGCCUGGGGGCGGCGUGUGGAUGAAAUUAUCACCUGCCCAGCCUGGAAGAGGAUGAAGGAGAUCUCAGCUGAGGAGGGGCUGAUUGCUGAAGCUUAUGAGAGGAGAUACUCUAACUGGAGCCGCAUUCAUCAGAUUGCCAAACUGUACCUUUUUGCAGCUUCUUCUGGUUUAUUUUCGUGUCCUCUGGCCAUGACUGAUGGAGCAGCAAAAGUAAUAGAGUCCUUGGGGAUCCCCAAGCCCCUCGAAGAAGUUUUUAUCCACUUGACAUCACGUGACCCUGCCAAAUUCUGGACUUCUGGCCAGUGGAUGACUGAACGCAGAGGAGGCUCCGAUGUUGCUAGUGGCACAGAGACAGUUGCCCUGGAACUCCCUGAUGGCAGCUACAGCCUCCAUGGCUUGAAAUGGUUUACUUCGGCCACCGAUUCAGAUAUAACUUUGACACUGGCAAGGAGCAUGACUGCAGAUGGACAAAUACAGCAGGGCUCCAAAGGUCUGUCUCUGUUCUACCUGAAGAUGCGCAAUGAGGAAGGGAAGCUGAAUGGGAUUGAGAUACAACGACUGAAAGACAAGCUGGGCACAAGGCAACUGCCGACCGCGGAGCUGCUCCUAAAUGGAGCCAAGACACUCAAGAUCUCUGCGGAGGGCCGGGGUGUGGCUUCCAUUGUAAACAUGCUGACCAUCACUAGGAUCCACAAUGUCAUUGCUGCAGUUUCGGGCAUGAGAAGAGUGAUCACCCUGGCAAGGGAUUAUGCCACCAAGAGGGAAGCCUUUGGAAAACCGCUGAAGGCUCACCCGUUGCACAUGCAGACUUUGGCUCGAAUGGAGGUGCAAGCUCGAGGAGCAUUCCUGCUGAUGAUGGAGAUAGGGAGAUUGCUUGGACUGGAAGAAACCAAUAAGGACACUGAGGAAGACCAGCACAUGCUUAGACUGCUGACGCCUGUUGCCAAACUUUACACUGGGAAACAGGCUGUUGCGGUUAUCUCAGAAGGGCUGGAGUGUUUUGGAGGGCAGGGCUACAUGGAAGAUACAGGCCUGGCGGGAGCUUUGCGGGAUGCCCAGGUGCUAACUAUCUGGGAAGGAACAACCAAUAUCCUCUCUCUGGAUGUUCUGCGCUCCCUCGUCAAGAGCCAAGGGAAAGUGCUGGAUGCAUUUUUCUCUACUGCCCAGGCCAGGUUGAAGGUGGCGCUUAGCGACUCUGAACUGGAACUUUCUGUGCAAAUAGUUCAAAAUGCUCUCCACAAACUCAGACAGUUCACUCAGAAAAUAAGCCUAAAGGGGGAAGCCGGGAUGCAGCUGUCUGCAAGAGACUUUGCCUAUGCUCUGGCACGGAUCUAUGGAGGAGUUCUCCUGCUGGAAUAUGCUGCCAGGCCGAAUGCAUCAGCCACAGACAUCUAUGCUGCUCAGAGAUGGUGUCACCAAGACAUGUGCCCUGUGGACAGUGAAGACAAAGCUGGGUCUUAUAGCACUGGAGCAGCUUCUCUGGAUACUUCCUUGGUUUAUGACAAACACCCAGUUCUGAAAGGAAGAUCGUAAGAAGGAAGGCA